UGUAGUUUCAGCUGACUUCGUGUAGUGAGUUCUGAGUAAGAGUAGUAGUACGGCCGGUUCUAAGGUAGGCGGUUCGUUGUGUGGUAGUAUGCCAACCGGUUGGAAAAAAAUCUGUUUUUCAAUCUUUAGUUGUUAAUAGAAUGAAAUCGUGAGUUUGUGACAAAUUUUAAUAAAAAUUGUAAGUUAUUAAACCGUCAAAGUGGCGACCAACACGGGAUCUCGAACUCGCAAGGAUAAUAUGCUCAAAUUUCUUACCCAUAAAUUAAGAACUCAUUCUAUUAAUGAGGAUAAUUACGUUGGAAAGGCCGAUGAAGACCAUGAUUCGGGUACAGAAUCAGAUGAAGAAAUUGAUGCCCCGGUAUCAGCAUCCUGUUCAGAACGCGUUUGUAACGUAUCACCAGCAGACACAGGAUGUUCGAUGGAAAGUCCAGCUCCUGAUCAACACGAUGCUCACAGCUCCGAAGAAGAGUUGGAAGUUAUCAAUAGCAAUAGUAAAAUGAGACGAUCAACGGCACCUCCGAGGCCGUUGAGGGCUGCAUCGGUUUGUCUAGCUGAAAAACGAAAGUGGUCUCAAAUUGGAGAUGCGCAGAAUCGAAGGUAUACUCCCGAAAACGAAGAGAACAUGUCCCAAUAUAGUAAUUUAUCUCCGUCUCCUUGUUCGCCGUUCCAUAUAAAAUGUUGUAGCGAAGACGGUGGACACCAUAUUGAACAUUCCGGUUCGUCGGACGAUGAGGUGCACCACUUCUUGUACACACGGGCUACUCCUGUACAGUUCCGCACGUCACCUCCUUUAGAAGCGGUAAAACCUGAACGAAGAUCAAUUGUAACGAGCAAGGGUCGGUCGAUGAGCCCGCCUGCCAAACUGCUUCACUAUGAAGAUUCACCAAGAAAAAGAACCAAGCACAUGAAACAUGCACAUAUCCAGAGGCCAUACCUUGAUUUUGAAAAGAUGCAACAGAUGAAAACCAGGUCAGUAACCGCCUGGCGCCAUACCGCUGACCACACAGGAGAGCUGUCAGUUUACUGUUGGUGAGAUCAGCUUAAGGGGCGAACUCCAUCGCCCUCCGACUUAAGUAAAAUCCCCAUGGAGGGCUGCAGUUCGUCAUCCUCAUCAUGGCCUGAUAAUCCUUCAUAGUCUACAAAUUAACUCUAACCGAAACUAAAACUACUAAAGAAUUGCUGCAUAGAAGCACUGAAUUGGUACACGUGGUUUUUGGACCGAUGGUUUUGGAUUUGGGUAGUUGACAUAGACUGGAAUACUUCAAAUGGAAUAGACAUGCGUUGAAGAUCUUACGUCGAAAGCAUUUCGCAAACUAUAUAGUUUUGUAAUUUUAUAUGGACUCAUUAAUUGCAAUAAAUAUUUUCCACUAAAAUUUGAAGGCAGAAUACAGGAAUGGUACUAAAACGGGUACAACUCUCAAGAUUUCGUAAAUAACUCAACAAGAUGUUCCUAAAUACUCGGCUAGAAAUCAAGUGAAUAUACACUGAAUAUAGUUUGAACCAAAUAGUAAUGCCCGGUUUCACAAACUAGUGUUAAUUGCACACUUAAUAAUGCACAGUUAACUGUGACAGCUAUUAUU